GGGACUGUAAUCAAACAAUCGCAAAAAGGGCCAACAGUAAUUGAAAUAGGGCCUAGAUUUUUACGAUUUCUGCAAUAUGUUUUACAGAAGAAAAUAAAAGAAACGAUACCUUUGCAUGUGCAUAUUCUACUUUUCACAAGAUUUAUCAAAAAAAGUACCACAAAAUUCGUUGCAGCCGUUGAUUAAUAGGAGCUACUGUAAAAUUUUUUAACGAACUGUAGUGUUGGUAUUUCUUCGUUGUUUAACCUAGCUAUUUGAAUAUCCCCGCGCCCUUAUUAUCGGCGCGGCCCGGCGGCGCGGGCGCCCGGCGCUGGCGCUGGCCGCACUGUAUCGGCGCGACGCGGGAAAUUCAUGCUGAACAGCAGUUACAGCUAGCUGAAGAUAUUUCUGCUACUCAAUCCGCAGACAUAUCAAACGUUACUUACACUUGCUGCUACUGGGCUACAGUGGACCUAAUUUUGUAUGACAGACGGGAAUUGUUUUUUUUUCUUUUCUUCGAAAUGAUCACAAUUAACGUUAGUUAAUUUGCGUUCGCCUACCCGGUAUUUCAACUUUCGUUAUCCAGCCGCAGCCAGCUCCAGCUCUAUAUCUACCAAACAACCCAACCGGGGCGGCGCCGGGUUCAGCCACGGGACAGCCACAGUCCAGACCAGGCAGUGUGUAAAGAGCAGAAAGUGAACUGAAACUGAAAAAUGAGUGGUGUUAUGUAUCGAUGUACUCUCCCAGAAUGUGAUUGUGAGGAGUUCACACCAGGCAAAACACAACUAAAGACUUGUGAUCGAUGCAAACAUGGAUGGGUUGCCCAUGACUUGAUUACAGAGGCCCAAGCUAAAAAAAUCCGGAAGAGGGGAACCAAAGAUGGCACCCCUUGCCAGAAUGGAAUCUGCGCCUGUGGCAACUACCAACGGCCUCCCGGUGUCUCUAAAACCUCCUGGUUGGCCGUCUGCGACAACUGCAAGCACACAGAGACGGAGCAUCGCUAUCCCACCAAACUGGACAAGAAAAAGAAGCACAAUCUUGAGAAGGCUGCAGACUCUGCCUGUGUUGGUUGCAAAAUGCAGUGCCCUGGUUUCCAACAGUACCACGACAGCCAGACAAGCAAGAAGUGCAGUAUCUGUAAUCAUGUGAUUGAUACUCACCGGCCGGCAGAUCCCUUGGAUACCUUCAUAUCGGAGACGCUUGAUGCACCUAGUAAUCUCAGAUGUCACUCAUCAGUACCUCCACCAAAUAAACUGGUGAGUUCGAUGGGACGGGAAAGCAACGUUGACGAUGAUACCUUUCUCAAUGCUUGGUUGGAGCCGACCAACAUCGACCAUGAUGAGGACGUUCCGUUUCUAGAGCCCAAUGUCUGCCAAUGUAAAGGGUUCUGCUUUGAUGACAUGGCCAGAAUCUGCAACCAAUAUUUUGGAUUUACGGAAGCAGUAGUUGCUCCUCACAUUCCAAACUUAGCCUGUCAAAGUUGCUCCCACGCUCUCAAAUAUCACCGGCAUCACACUGAUAAGGAACAAGAACAGCUGGAUUCUCGAAAAGUAAACAACUUGACAAUGGUGGGUGUGGUCAAUGUCAUGGCAACCAGCAUCCCAGGUUACCAUAGAAACAUUGGAAUCAGUCUUCAGAAUGGUGGUACUAAGAAUAGUUGUAAGCUGAUGCUUGCAACGACAAGACUUUGCGAUGCGAAUGACCCCCACAAGAACACCAUAAACAUUAGCAGUUCAACCUUUGUAAUCCACGGUCAUCACCAUCAUCAUCAUGGGCAUGUAGGAUCCGUGUCCAGUGUUGGGGACAUUGAUGAUAGCGAUGAGGAGAAGGAGAAUGAGUCUCAUCAGGCCACGGCGGGGAAGAAACGAGGGAGGAAGAUGUCGCGGUUGGUUGGCGACGUUAAGAAGAAGAUAAAGAAGAGAAGGCUAGGAAGCAAAAGUUCCCAUGUUUCAGAAAGUGAUGCUGAUGGUUUAGAUGAUGAGGAUCCUAGUGGAAGGAUGUCCCGCUCUCUUGGUAGACUAGGUAGUGAUGUCGUUGCCACCUAUCAACAGGGUUCACAGGUUACUGCGCUUUCUUGGUCACAUCAAGCAAAUGAACCGACACUUGCUAUCUGUACAGAUGACAGGACCUUGAAGAUCCAAAGCCAAGACGAAUCGAUGGAAGUGAAGUUCCCAGAGAAUGCAGGUCUUUGCAAAAGCAUAUCAUGGUUUCAUUCAGGAAAAUCUCUCAUCACAGGACAUGUAUGUGGUCUGUCCCUCAUGUGGAAACUGUCACCUUCCCCCGGAUCAGGAUUGGAGUGUUCCGUCAUUACACAGAAUGGAUCCAGGUCUAGGGUCACUUCCAUUUGUGUAUCGGGUGACGACAGGUACAUAGCAUUAGGUCAUCAGAACAGUGAAGUGCUUAUAUUUGACACCAAGAAGGGACUUGAAAGCUCUUCCAAUGACCGUGGAUCCUCCCCUCCAAACCCUCGGCUCUUAUCUACAUGUUCUAUCCUGUAUGGUGCUGUUCUAUGUUUGGCUUGGCACCUCUCCAAAUUAAUACUGGUUGCAGGUGGUGAGGAUGACCUUGUCACCGUCUUUCACAUGAAGAAGCCAGCUUCACAGACUUCAAGGGGAACUCUCAAAUACUUCUUCACCAGAUCACCUAGAAGGCCUACAAAGAAAGGAUUUCAUCAAUGUGCUGUUCUUAAAGGGCACAAGUCCUUUGUUGGAGCCAUCGCUUUCGCUCAUUCUGGCGCUUACUUAGUCUCGGCUGGAUGGGACGGUCAGCUCCUCAUCUGGAAUGUCUCUGACAUUGACGAUGCCAUCGAGAGUGAGGACAUCAACAUUGAGAUUGUCUGCUCUUCUGGUUUUGUGAUGGGGAGGUCAUCCAGGAGUCAGAGUUUGAACUUAGUGUCACGACCGUUCGUGCCGGAGGAUAUUGUGGUGUUUGCCUCGAACGCUGUGGUGAUGUACAGGACCAGUGUGAAUAGGGUCAGCCUUGCGAUGUACGAAAUACCAAAGAAGUAUUCAGAGAUAGCUCCCACAUGAACAAACUUUACAAUCCUGCUAUAUAAAUGUCAAGAGUUGUAGUCAGUAUGAGAGAUCAUAGGAAAAAAUCUCAAGGUAAAUUGUUUUUGUUUUGUUCCUUUUUUUUUGGGGGGGGGGGUCUUCUGGUCAUGUAGGUCAACCAGUCUCUACAUAAACAGAUAUUCUGUGAUGGUUUUGAUUUUGUUUACUUUGUCUCGCCAACCAGAGGUGAAGGUGAGACUUGGGGAUCCGAAUGCCUUCCGUCUAUCUGUCAUAUGUCCGUCCUUUGCAAAUGUCUUAUGACACAUUAACUUGAUAAAUGCACUUCUCCAAAGCGGUUUCAAUUGUACCAGGAUACAAAACCAUAGACUGCAGAUUUCUUGUACAGAAUUACAUUAUUUAGGGAACGCUAAGAAAUUAUAAAUGUGCACUCUUAGCAAAGGGAGCUAAAUUCGUGCUCGAAUAAUAAUACUAGAAUACUAGAAAUCUGCAUAAUCCAUGUUUUUUUUUCCAUGGUGCAACUGAUACCUUCUCUUGAGAAUAUGGGUCUGUAAGUUAACACUUAAUCAGAGUAUCAUGUUUUACAAACAGAAUAAAGUGAUUUUUUUUUUUUUGGGGGGGGGGUAAUUCCAUUAUAAAAUAAUCCUGUAUACUUUUUAAUAGAAAUUCCUGUGUUAGACAGGGAAAGCUGUCAGUUCUGGGGGUUGAUUUCUGACAUUUUUCCAGCAUUCCCAUCAUAUAGAGUUAAGUAAAUCCAACAUACUCUGUGGAAUAACCAACAGUAAUGAGACUUGAAACUUGGUUUACUCUUGUGGUUAUUGUUGAAAUGUGAUAUAAUAAUAAUAAUAAUAAUCCGCAUUUAUAUAGCGCUUAACACAUCGGAACGACGUCCCUAAGCGCUUUACAGAUAUAUUAUUACCCUGGUCAUCGGAUCCUUGCAUGCCCGCAUACAAUGUAUGCACCUUCUCCACUCCCUGGGGAGCAUUCCAACAAGAGUUCCAAGACUCAAUUGCUAGGCAUACUACAUAGGCUUUCGAAUCCUACCGGGUACCCAUUUAACACCUGGGUGGAGAGUGGCAAAUUGUGGAUUGACGCCUUGCCAAAGGACGCUAGACCAUGGUGGGAUUUGAACACACGACCCUCUGAUUACAAGACGAUAUGUGCAUCUUGCUUCAGUGAAAUUACAAAUGAGUUUAUGUAUCUGAUUUUUGGAAUGUCGUGAGUAAACGUCAACCUCGUAUCUAUGUUUGGAGGAAAAAUGUUUGCUUAAGAUUAAUUGUUUAAUGUGAAGAAUUCAGACAUGCCAAGCGUGAGACUUCAGCAUUAGGGGCUCUUGCAAAUCCCUCAAAUCUCUUUCUCACGUAUGUAUUGCAGCCUAUCUCCAUUAUAUAUUUUACACAAUGCCUUUGAUCUUACGCUGAAUCACAAAAAAUCUUUCGCGUAUCUGGUCUUUGAAUUUGGCAUCUCUGAGAAUUUUCAAGAUAAGUGCAAUAUGCUGGAUGCUUCAAAAUAAAAGAAACAAAAAACACAUCUUCAAUUGAUAAAAUAUAUAUUAUUUAAAUAAAAUGAUAAUCAAAAUUAUGUACACUGCAACUUAAAACUUAUCAAUAUUUUAAUGAUUCUUGAUUAAGUUUGUGGAACCAUCCAUCACUGAACAUCAUUGUUAUAAAAGAUAUUUUUCAAAAUUGAAAAUGAUUGAUGUAUAUUUGACAGAUUGAACCUGGAAAAUAAAAGAAUAAGAUCAAAAA